AUGACGACCCACGUAGCCUUAGCAGGCUAUGGCCUGACCCUCAUGAUCGUGACGUGGGUUGAGGGUGCUAUUGCGACGGUCUUAUUGCUAGCCAGAGUAUACACAACGUGGAAGAUCACUCGACAUAUACGCUCGGAUCUGUAUUUGGCCUUGUUGACUUUUGUCGUCGCGUUCAUCAGUGUCAUCCUCCUCACGAUCGGUAUCAACUAUGGGAUUGGUGCGCAUCAGGAUCAACUCACGACGGAGCAAAUCGUCGCGGCCACAAAAUGGAGCUGGAUAAAUCAAGCAGUGGGAAUUUUCGCAAUUGGUACUGGAAAACUAGCUCUGGUCGCAUUCCUCCAACAAAUCCAUGGCCCUGAACACCGCGGACGAGUUACAUUCCUAUGGGGGGUGGCUAUGAGUAACCUCAUUCUCAACUGCAUGACUAUCGGCAUGAUCAUGACCCAGUGCUCGCCACGGGAGAAAUUGUGGGACGGCGAUUUGGCGGGAACAUGUGAUGGGCGACUCAGGAAUCAGAACAUGGCCUAUUUCCAAGGAAGCUGGUCGGCGUUAUGCGAUCUGAUCCUGGCGUUGUAUCCAGUGGUCUUCUUCUGGAAAGUGCGACUUGAUCUUCGUGUGAAGAUUGGUCUCUGCUUUUUGAUGGGCUUGGGUGUUAUUGCCUGCGCUUGUUCUAUAAUCAAGACCACGUAUCUUCGUGUUCUCUCUCAAACAGACGACGUUACCUACUAUCUCGCGCAGCUAAGUACAUGGAACGAAACCGAAAAAUGGGUCGUCCUAAUCGUCGGUUCCAUCCCACCAAUCCGCCCUCUACUCGUAAUAAUAUUCCGACGCCUCCUCUCAACCGUCAAAUCCUCAUCUAGUCCCCAAUCCAGCAACGUCAUCCGAUUAACAGAACUACAAUCAAACUCGAAAUUUUCCAAGCACACGACUCAGCAUCGUCACAUGACGCAAGGGAUGACUAUUCUGAAAAGCAAGGAUAGUGAGGAGAAUAUGCUGUCUAUGGAGGAGGGGACGAUUAUCAAGACUACUAAUAUUAGUUUACACUAUGAGGGGGAGACGAAUUCUCGGGAAACGGGUGAGCAUGGUGGACGGGUUGUUCCUAGUGAGAGGAUAUGA